AUGGCCACCACCAAUAGCGCUGCUGUGAAUCAAAGUAGCUACGCGGGUCGUGAGUUGCCUCCUAUCGAAGGUCUGCAGAUACGAACACUUGACGAUCCUCGCGUUGUUGAACGUGUUCGCGUCCUAGAUCAACAUUGUCUUGCCGUCAAGUACUCGGAUUCCUACUACGAUACUUACGUGCGGCCGUGCACCCAUCACUAUAAUCAAAUUGCGUUCUAUUAUGAUAUGCUUGUCGGUAGCUGCACGUGCCGUCUGGAGAGCACAUCCAAAGAAAACGAGUACUGUUUAUAUGUUAUGACUAUUGCCGUGCUUGCGCCAUACCGUCGACUGGGUAUUGGUAGCCGCCUGCUUGACACAGUCUUGAGGAAUGUGGCGAACGAAAACAACUUGUGCAUUCGAGAGGUGACGCUUCAUGUGCAAGCGGGAUCUGCAGCGAUGAAAUUCUACGAGAGUUUUGGCUUUGAGGUAGUGGAAAAUGUGCCAAACUACUACGCUGACCUUGACGAGUGCGACGCAUUCAAGCUUUGCAAAGUUAUACCACAGCUUCACAAUGGAUUGACGCAACAGCAACGUGCCAAAAGUGGAGGGGCAAGGAACGGAAAGAAGAAGUGA